GAAAAAUCCGGGAGAGCACAGAUAUCCCAACACUCUGUAAACUUCAAAGUGCUGUCUAUACAUGCGGGGAAGGUGUUUCCGAGGCUGGUUCUUUGAUUUUACAUAAUUUACUCUGGAAGAUUUCCUUCCAAGUCACUAUUCGAUCCUUCCCUCCGGAGCCAAGCCCCUCGCGAGCCCUUUCUGCAGAGUGGAACCUCGCAGGGCCGUCUCUGGAGCGCUGAUGUGCUGCUGCUUCCUGGAGGGGAAAAUAUACCUACAAAUCGAGUUUUGUGCCUGGGUGUGCCCGUCACUUCCUGAUGCCGGCACCCCUGUCUCGGAGUGACAGCGGGACUAGCCGGGAAGGACACGCAGCCCGCGAACUGGAGCCCGGAAGGCCCCACUCCCGACUCCUGUCCGCCGGGCGGCGGGGCCAGACGCGCUCCGGGCGGCGGGGCCGGGACGGGGGAGGAGCCGGGCGGGAGGAGCCCGAGCCGCCGAGUCCUUCCAGCCGCCGCCGCCGCCUUCGCUUCCAGGUUAACACCUCCUCAUCCUUAAGAUCUGAGCCCAGCCUUGACUUUCAUUCCAAGUACCCCAGGCCAUAAGACAUCCCCAGUGGGAUUGUCCAAAACCCUCUGGAUUCUUCUAUGUUGAAACUGUUGCCAUAGAGACCUCCUGAGAUGCUGCAUUUACAACUGGCUUCCAAUUUAACUUCUAGAUAGAGGGCAAUUUGCAUAUUUCUCUGAAGAACCAUCCAGAAGCUGCAUAACCUGUUUUCAGACCUAGAGGGGAGGCCCACAGUUGUUUCUUGAAAUCCUGGGCUGGAAAUGGCCACAUGGGACAGAUCCAGCCGCAAGCUGCCUCAGGUGGCCGAGCCAGCCAUGGAGGGUGAGCCACAGGUGCCCAUGGGCCGGGAGCUGUCCGAGGCCAACCGCUUCGCCUAUGCCGCCCUCUGUGGCAUCUCCCUGUCUCAGCUAUUUCCGGAACCUGAGCAAAGCGCCUUCUGCACAGAGUUUAUGACAGGCCUGGUGAAGUGGCUGGAGUUGCCCGAAGCCGUCUUGCCAACCAUGUCCGCUUUUGCCAGUGGCCUGGGAGGCGAAGGAGCUGACGUGUUUGCUCAGAUUUUAUUGAAGGACCCCAUCUUGAAGGACGACCCGUUGGUGAUCACUCAGGACCUGCUGAGCUUCUCACUCAAGGAUGGGCGCUAUGAUGCACGGGCCAGAGUCCUCAUUUGCCACAUGACGUCCCUCCUCCAAGUGCCCUUGGGGGAGCUGGAUCUCCUUGAAGAGACAUUCCUUGAGAGCCUGAAGGAAAUCAAAGAGGAGGAAUCUGAAAUGGCCGAGGCAUCCCGGAAAAAGAAAGAAAACCGGAGGAAAUGGAAGCGUUACCUCCUGAUAGGCCUGGCAACUGUCGGAGGUGGGACAGUGAUCGGUGUGACCGGGGGUCUAGCUGCCCCUCUUGUUGCUGCCGGAGCCGCGACAAUCAUUGGCAGUGCAGGUGCAGCGGCUCUGGGCUCAGUAGCUGGCAUAGCUGUCAUGACCUCGCUGUUUGGCGCAGCCGGAGCUGGCCUGACAGGAUACAAGAUGAAGAAGCGUGUUGGGGCCAUUGAAGAGUUCACAUUUCUGCCUCUAACGGAAGGCAAGCAGCUACAUAUCACCAUCGUCAUCACAGGGUGGCUGGCAUCCGGCAAAUACCGCACCUUCGGCGCUCCGUGGGCGGCCCUGGCCCGUAGCCGCGAGCAGUACUGCCUGGCGUGGGAGGCCAGGUACCUGAUGGAGCUCGGCAAUGCCCUGGAGACCAUCCUCAGUGGUCUGGCCAGCAUGGCGGCCCAGGAGGCUCUAAAGUACACGAUGUUGUCUGGCAUUGUGGCUGCCCUCACCUGGCCGGCCUCGCUCCUCACUGUCGCCAAUGUCAUCGACAACCCCUGGGGAGUGUGUCUCCAUCGAUCAGCGGAGGUUGGCAAGCACCUGGCCCACAUCCUGCUCUCCCGGCAGCAGGGCCAGCGACCCGUCACCUUGAUUGGCUUCAGCCUGGGAGCCAGAGUCAUCUACUUCUGUCUGCAAGAGAUGGCUCAGGAGAAAGAUUGCCAAGGGAUCGUUGAGGACGCUGUCCUGCUGGGUGCACCCGUGGAAGGAGACGCCAAGCACUGGGAGCCUUUCCGGAAGGUGGUGUCCGGGAGAAUCAUCAAUGGCUACUGCAGGGGGGACUGGCUACUGAGCUUCGUGUACCGCACGUCCUCGGUGCAGCUGCACGUCGCCGGCCUGCAGCCUGUGCUGCUACAGGACAGGAGGGUGGAGAACGUGGACCUGUCCUCUGUCGUCAGUGGCCACCUGGAUUAUGCCAAGCAGAUGGACGUCAUCCUGAAGGCUGUGGGCAUCCACACCAAGCCAGGCUGGGAAGAAAAGGGGCUGUUGCUGGCCUCCAGCAGCCUGCCCCAAGAGGAGCCCCACGAGGCAGCAGCUGCCUCCUCUUCAGACAAGACCAGCGACCAGGAUGGGCAAAUCCAGGAUCCGGCACCCAGAGACACCCCCAAAGUGGCCACAUCCUCUGACUCCGGCCAAGCCCAGGUGCCAACAGGGCUGGACCAGUCUGAAGGUGCCUCCCUUCCUGCUGUUGCUGCCAGCCCUGCUGAGAGGCCCCAGAUCUGCAGCCAUGGUGGGAGCCCCAACCCACUGGGCUGUCCCAACUGUGCCAGCAAGACCCAGGAGUCCUGCCCAGGGCUGGAUUGACCCCAAAAGGAGACUUUGAGCCGUCUUCCCAGAUUUCCAUAUGCAGAGCUCUUUUACCCCCCUCCAUCAGGCUCCCUGCUUGAGCUCUGAAGAAUUUCCACCAGUGCCUUUCCUAAAUUGAAGGCUUUGAGAUUCAAAAGCAAGGAAUUGAAAGAAGAGGGAAUCAUAGGGAAACCAUGGUCUCUCUCUGGGAAAGCAAGGCCAGAGUCCUGCCAAGUCAACCAAUCAGGAUUGAGAGCCUCAGGACUACCAGCCAUGGGCUUGUGGUACUUCAGAUCGCAGCUGUGGGGUCUGGCUGUCCAUCAGGUGGUCCAGGGGGCCUCUGAGGCUCCAACCCACCUCUCUCCCCUGGCCUCAGGAAAGCCAGGUGUCUGCCUGCUCUUGCAUCGACUCCAGCGCUGCCCAUCAGCCCACAGGCACCACUGACGCACAUUCAGGGCAAGUGCAGGUGGG